AUGAGAGAGAGAGAUGGACAGGUUAAGACAACUAAACAAACGAAAAGGCAUCAUUUUUCUAUCUAUCUAUCUAUCUAUCUAUCUAUCUAUCUAUCUAUCUAUCUAUCUUCUUUCAAACUGAAAAUUAAUCUUUUAUACGGUACCAUAUUAAAUGCUUUCGCGAAAUCCAGUGUUUCACGCUUUUUUCUCUCUCUCGCGUCCUCACCUAACAUCUGUUCCCGCCCAAAUAACAUCCCCCACCCCACUUUGUCCUUUCUGACUUUCUUUUCGAUUUCUUCUAUUCCGCGUUCUUUUCUGUCACCAAGGCGCGGGUCGACAUCAAACGCUGUUGCUUUCUUGAGCGCUCUCAAAAAAGGGCAUUACUUUUGCCUCUCUCUCUCUCUCUCUCUCUCUCUCUCUUUUAUACUUCCCAAAUCCUCCCUUUCACAACCUCGCUUUCACAUUAGUGUGUCAGCUGCUUUUCUAUCUAUCUAUCUAUCUAUCUAUCUAUCUAUCUAUCUAUCUAUCUAUCACUUUUAA